UAAAAUAAUCUCUCAUAAAUUUCUUGAUUUCAACUGCACUAUUCUAUUGAUUCUAUUGCCCUAGUUCUCGAACCUCUGUUUAUUGUUUUGACCUACUGAUGUGUCUCCUUCACUUUUAGAACAUAACCUCAAUAGAUUUCAAAUAAUCGGGAAAAGCGGAAAACUUAAUCUUGAAUCCAGUGAUAAGUACAAUACAAUGAUAUGUAUAUACGAUUAAGUUAAGAGAAUAAAAUAUGGAUACAAGAUCUCCUUUAGACGGUAUAUUCAAUAUAAUCGGUGGAGGAUUACCACAAGGCCAUGAUAAACCAUUGAAGCAAGCAGUAUAUAAUGCUGUAGCAUUACUAUUAUUAUUUUUAUGUUGUGCUGCAGGAUGGGCUUUGUUUCUUAUAUUAGAACCUUUUAUAAAACCUUUGAUGUGGGCACUUCUAGUAGGAUCUGUCCUUCAUCCUUUGAAAAGGUCCUUAAGAGAUAAGUUUCAAGAUUGGUUUCAAACGUUAGAGACAACUCAUACACCUGUUGUUCUUGGCAUUCUGUUACUGCCUAUAAAUAUUGCUAAUAAUAUUUCGGAGUUCAUUGGAGAUACUCUAUUGAGACACAUAAAACUUAUUGUCUCAUUAUCUUUUUUCAUCAUAUUUGUGCCAAUCCUAUAUUUUUAUACACCCUCUCUAUUUAUUAAGAUAUUUUGGAACUUACUAUGGUUUUUGGAUCUUUUGCUCAUAUAUGUAUUGAAUAUCACUUCAUUUUCAUAUAUAUUUGUUGGACUGAUAUUUUAUAUGAGCUUGGUCUAUUGUUUAUGGACUCCAGAAAACAAUAGAGUUUUUCAUUUUGCCGCAAUUGGUGUAUGGUUAAUAGUAUGUCUUACCAUUGCUAACCAGUUUGGAUCAUAUGCUCUUCCAGUUUUUGCAGCUUUUCAAGUUGUUAUAAUGGGAGGCUUUUUUUCAGAAAUAUAUAAUAUUUAUGAAGAGAAAAAAGAAGAAGGUACUGAAAUCAGUAUUUGGAAUUUGUUAAUUGCAGCAUUUCAAGGAGGAUUAUACUCUGAUGAUUCUAUAGAAGAAUGUGAAAAAAAUUCUGUAAUAAAUAAUGAAGAUGAUGAAAACAAGUUGAAAUCUGAACAAGUUUCGAGUCAGGGUGAAAAAAAGUCCCCCGACAAUAUCUGUAAUGAAACUGUUCAAGAAAAACUACAAAAUUAUGAAUUCCAAAAAUCUGAGAAAAAUGAUCCUUUGACACUUGAACUAUUUGAAAGUUCUCCAAAGAAACAUGACACAGUAAUGAGAGCUAAUUCUGAUAUGGGUUGUAAAAGAUUGGAUGCUUUGAAACAAGGAAUUCAAUUUGUUAGUCCAAUAAACCCUAGAUCAGCAAAGACAAAAGAUUCGUUGAAAUAUUCAAAAUUUCAUAGAUCCUUCUCACAAUCACAUGUUUAUCCCAGCAGUAAGAUUAAACCUGGUUUAGUAUACUUUGGAAUAAAUUCAUACAGAAGAAAAUUGGUGGAACAUAUAGAAGAAGAGAGAAAUGGCAGUACAUUUUAUUUAUACACUUUAAUGUGGGCUUGUGCUGGAAUGUUAUUUUGGAAAAAUGUUGUACUGCUUCCUCUUUUACCAUUGCCAAUAUUAUUUUAUAUUGUCAAACAUAUUGGAUCAUAUUUGCGUAUAUGGCAAUAUAUUUAUAUCCAUUUUUGCUCUAUUAAAAUUACAUUUCAAAAAUGGUUGCAUGAAAGGCAUGAUGCUCUUGUGCCCAUUCCUAUAAGAGGACUUUAUAAGAUCAUUCACAAGAUAAAUUCAUCGAUUAGAAAUAUAGUGAAAGACAGUAUUGAUACUGUUUCAAGUUGUCUUGUGAUUUUAGGCCUGAUUGUUUUCUUAUUUUGUGCUUCAGUUUUUAUCAUUGUACAGAUUUAUGCUGAGGCCAUAAUGCUUGUUCAAAUUAGCAGUAAUAUUAUAAAUCAAACUGUAGUACAUAAUCCUGAACUGAGGCAACUUCUACCUGAUACUUUUGAUGAUACUUUGGACUCAAUUUUGGAUAAUGCUUAUUUGUAUGGAAGAGAAGGAAUAUCCAAAGCCGUGAAAGGUUUGAUGACCGAUGUUGAUUCUUCUAAAUCAGAUAAAAUUGAAAAACAAGUACUUGAACUGUGGGAUCGAGUUUAUCAAUCAUGGAUGACGUCUAACUCCCCAAAUGGACCAACAGUAACUCAAGAAGCUGUUUUUUCAUCAUGGGAAGCUUUUGUGUCGGAUAUUAAAAAAUCUCCAGAAAUGUUCAACAUAAAUGGACUGAUGGAAUUUGGAAAGCAGAAUAUUGGUACUCUAAUGUCACUUUUGGAAUCGGUGUGGUCUAUUGUGAAAGGGAAUGUUAAUAUUGUACUAGGAUCAAUAGGUGCUAUUAUGUCCGUAGUAUUAGGAGGUGGGACAGUAGUGUUGAAUUUCAUUUUAAGUUUGAUUGUUUUCUUGACAACGUUAUUCUAUUUGCUGAACUGUAGUGGUGAUCUGUAUAAACCAGUCGAGAUUAUGACAAAUUUUUCACCCAGUGGCAACCGACUCGGUCUUGCUCUGGAGAGCGCUAUUAAUGGCGUAUUUGCUGCUUCAUUCAAAAUGGCUGUCUUCUAUGGACUCUGGACUUGGUUUAUACAUAAUCUUUUUGGAGUGCGCAUAGUUUAUCUUCCUUCAGCAUUUGCCACAAUUCUUGGAGCUGUUCCUUUUCUUGGUACUUAUUGGGCAGGAGUCCCUGCAGUACUUGAUUUAUGGCUGGCUCAAGAUAGAGGUCUAGCUGCCUUACUUUUUGCAGUAUUUCAAUUUUUACCAACGUCAAUAGUUGAUACAACAAUAUACAAAGAAAUAAAGGGUGGACACCCAUAUUUAACUGGUCUGGCAAUUGCUGGUGGUGUAUUCUGUUUGGGAGUAGAAGGUGCAAUAAUAGGUCCUAUACUAUUAUGUGGUCUGUAUGUUGCUAUGGAUCUAUCAUCAAAUAUUUUCAAGGAAUCCCCAUCGGAAGAAACUUUAAAGGUUCAUUUGUCUCAAAUUCAAAGCUGAAUUUGAUUACCUACAAUCAAAUUUCUUUUACUAUUAACAGUUUUAUCGAAAUUAGGUGCUAUUGCUAUGCCAAAUGAAGAAUAUUGCAUAUUAAUUCAGUUGAGAGUUCAUUUGCUAUACUAUCUAAGCCUUAGGUAGUUAGGAUUAAGAUAAUCCAUUUGUUCUUCUAAACGGUUGGAAAUUCAAGCUCCAAAAGUAAUAUUCCUGUUACUAAAAAUUAAAGAUUUAAAAGCUUUAUAUUUACAGAACUUAAUAUAUAUUACUCUUUUUCUAGUCUUAACCGUAUUAAUUCACUUAAUUAUUAAAUUUAUUUAUUUAUUAAAGUUUUCAGGUAUAGUUUAUUGCUUGUUACACUUGCUACUAUUUCUUGCACUCACAAAUUAAUAUAAAAUUAAAUAGUUGAAAUAUUUGAUGUCGAAAUUGACACAGUUAAAUAUUUAAAAAUGAGUAAAUUCUUCAGCUAUCGGUUGAAUUUAGUUUUGAACGAAUAAUGAAUAUUUACCAAGAAAUAUUGUAGCAGUAAUGAACUAGGUUAUUAUUUUGAUUGUUUAUUUCUUGAAACUGUUGAUGAUUACUUUGGACUGCUUAUUUUGUUUUUCAAGAAAGAAAAUUGCGCAACUCCAAAUUAACCUUGAAUAAUUUUAUUUCAAUGAAAAUGUUACAGUAGAGGAUCACAAGUAAGAUCGUUCUCCACUAUGUUCUAAGAAGAUGAAAAUUAUAAUUUAUUAAAUAAAAUAUGUGUUUGAAGAUAUACCAUCUGAUAAGCAUAUUAGAGAAGGUCGAUAUUAUUUGGGAUUUUAGACUAUUAAUUUAUGCAAUCUAAACUUAAAGUGUUCUUCCAUUGUUAUUGGUGCUUCUAACUUACUUAGGCAUGAGGAUCCAUGACUUGUUACAAAUGUGAGAAUUAUAUAAAGAAGAUAUUUUUGCAAUAAUUCAACUAAUAAUUUUUGAAUUGUAUCUAUUUAUUGUUAUUAUUUUCAUAUUUUCUAACUUGAAAAUGAUUAUUUCAUAGUUAUAACAACAUUGUGAUUUCAAAUGAGAUUUUGUUGCUUUGCUGAUGAUCAACUAAUUCAUAUCAUUUCAGUGAACAAUUUUUUUUAUACACACAGAUCUUUAUUAACAUGUCGAAUUAUUUUUGUGUUUAUAUUUCUUGAUGCAAACAUUUCUCUGCACUGUAUGCUUGAAAAGAAAAUAAAUCCAAAGAAUUA